GAUGAAUGUCAAGUUGCAUUAGCAAAAAGGAAGAAUAAGAUCCUCUCACACAAAUCAACAUAACUUCUCUAUAUAAGGAGAUCAUGUAGCAACACCUUUACCAAGUGAAACAAGUGUAAGAAUUCUCUGAAACAGAAAGUUUCUUCGACGCUACGCUGAACAAUGGCUGGGUAUGGUUACCAGAGAGGGGGCUACACCACCCGUAACGGGUGGGACACCCGCACAGAUGAUUGGAGCCAAAAAAACUACUCAGGAAAUGCCAAUUCAGAUCAUGUGCACCACCCGGUCAUUGUUGAUGCCCAAGGGAGAGAAAGGCCCAUCUCUGAGAGCUAUGCCACACAAACUGAGAAAAUCAUUGAGUGUGUUCAGGUACCUGUAGUCACUGAGUACAAAUAUAUCUCUCCAACAGAGGUGGAGUCCUUCAAAAAUUAUAGAGUCGAGAACGAUAGAUGGCAGUGGCCAAAGAGUACUCCAGUAGUUCAAGAUCGCCCACAAAAAGUUGAGGUACAUGUUCAAACACCUGCACCCACUGAGUACACAUAUAGCUCUCCAACAAAGGUAGAGCCUUUCAAGGAAUACAGAGUUAACAAUAAUAAUAAAUUGCUCGGUCGCCCACAAAAAGUUGAGGAAUUUGUCACCAAAAUCCAAACUGACGUCAGCCAACCAACUCGGCCUGAUUCGAGCCCAACGUAUUGGCGUGACACCCCCAAUUCCAUAGGCUACAAUGGCAACGCGGGCUAUGGUGGGUACAAAAACUUCAACAAUAGGGAGAAACCUGAUGACUACUACUGCAGCAGAAAUGAUACCUUCACAGACCCAAAUUUGAACAACAGAGAUGGCCAGGAUAGGCCAGAUAGUAAGGGUUGGGCUAUGCAGCCUCCUAGUCCACCACUCUCCAAACCAACAAAUGACAUUGGGACAGCUGUGGAGUUCCUGAAGGGAGCUAUUACUACUUUAACACAGCCACGUUUUGGUAUCCCGGUCUCAGCAAUGCCCAAAAAGGAUCCUUAUACCGAAACAAUUGGCGUAGAAUACCCCCAUCCCCAGAAAGCUGUUAAGCCAGCAACUGUCACUUUUACUGCACCACCACCAUCAAUCGUGCCCCAAAAGGAACCUUAUGGAGAUAUAAUUGACAGCAGGGAGGCCACAAGGCGAUAUGGAAACUCCAACAAUUCAUCAGCAAUGCCGUAUAAGAGAGAAGAAAGUUACACAGGAGUCAUUGACAGUAGAGAGGCCGUCAAAAGGUAUGGUGGAACCUAUGUGUGAUGAUGAGCAUCUACACGUGUUGUAUCCACAAACUGCAACUUGGAUCUCUUUCGAGUUGUCUUUGUGAUGAUCAUACAGGUUUAUAUGGCUCCACCUAGCUACUACAACAGUCUUUUUUCUUUUUGCUUUUUUCUUUUUCUUUUUCUUUUUUCUUUUUUUCUGUUUCCUUUAGUCUACUGUUUUCUGUAACUUUUAUUAGUGGUUGCUUGUGUGGUGAUAUUAGCAGCUAAAAUAAGCUCACAUAGUGAGCAACCAUAAUAAUCAUUGUUAUGUUUGCCCGAGGGUAACUUAUGGCUGCAGUGAAGCAGCAGAUAGGUGUUAAACCUACUUAGUUUGCAACUAGAGAUAUUGAGAAUAACAAUUGCUAUGCACUAGUUUAAUAUAUUGUAUGUGUUUUUAUGAGUGUUGGUUGUAUUUUUUUUAAUCAUUAUAUUUGUUGGGAGAUUGGCGAGCCCAAUGAUUCAAGGCUCAAUAUACAUGUAUCUGAAAUUCAUAUCUACCUAAAUUUUCUAUCGGAUGUG